CAUAAAGGCAAAGAGAGACCCACAAGUUAUCGUUGUGAUCACUGCAAGAAAGUCCUCACCACUUCAUCAGGUCUGAGAAAACAUAAGAUGAUUCACACUGGAGAUAAACCGUUCACUUGUGAUCAGUGUGGAGCAGCUUUUACCAGAAAAUAUCAUCUAAAGAUUCACCAACGUGUUCACACUGGAGAAAAACCGUUCACUUGUGAUCAGUGUGGAGCAGCUUUUACCAGAAAAUAUCAUCUAAAGAUUCACCAACGUAUUCACACUGGAGAAAAACCGUUCACUUGUGAUCAGUGUGGAGCAGCUUUUACCAGAUCAAGUGAUCUAAGGACUCACCAACGUAUUCACACUGGAGAAAAACCGUUCACUUGUGAUCAGUGUGGAGCAGCUUUUACCAGACAAGAUUGUCUAAAGAUUCACCAACGUAUUCACACUGGAGAAAAACCGUUCAGAUGUGAUCAGUGUGGAGCAGCUUUUACCACUAAAAGUAAACUAAAGAUUCACCAACGUAUUCACACUGGAGAAAAACCGUUCACUUGUGAUCAGUGUGGAGCAGCUUUUACCAGACAAGAUCAUCUAAGGAUUCACCAACGUAUUCACACUGGAGAAAAACCGUUCAGAUGUGAUCAGUGUGGAGCAGCUUUUACCACUUCAGGUGUUCUAAUGAUUCACCAACGUGUUCACACUGGAGAUAAACCGUUCACUUGUAAUCAGUGUGGAGCAGCUUUUACCACUUCAGGUGUUCUAAUGAUUCACCAACGUGUUCACACUGGAGAUAAACCGUUCAAAUGUGAUCAGUGUGGAGCAUCUUUUACCCAACAAGGCAAUCUAAGGACUCACCAACGUAUUCACACCGGAGAUAAACCAUUCAGAUGUGAACAGUGUGGAGCAUCUUUUACCAGAUCAAGUCAUCUAAGGACUCACCAACGUAUUCACACUGGAGAUAAACCGUUCAGAUGUGAUCAGUGUGGAGCAGCUUUCACUGAGUCAGGAACGCUAAAGAUUCACCAACGUAUUCACACUGGAGAUAAACCGUUUAGGUGUGAUCAGUGUGGAGCAGCUUUUACCAGAUCAAGUCAUCUAAGGACUCACCAACGUAUUCACACUGGAGAAAAACCGUUCAGAUGUGAUCAGUGUGGAGCAGCUUUUACCACAUCAAGUUAUCUAAGGACUCACCAACGUAUUCACACUGGAGAUAAACCGUUCAGAUGUGAUCAGUGUGGAGCAGCUUUUACCACAUCAAGUGAUCUAAGGACUCACCAACGUAUUCACACUGGAGAUAAACCGUUUAGAUGUGAUCAGUGUGAGGCAGCUUUUACCCAACAAAUUCAGCUAAAGAGACACCAACGUAUUCACACUGGAGAAAAACCGUUCAGAUGUGAUCAGUGUGAGGCAGCUUUUACCACAUCAAGUCAGCUAAAGAAGCACCAACGUACUCACACGAGUGAUAAACUCUAAAGAUGUGAUCAGUGUGAAGUGUGGAAUUGCAAAAAAACACCUCAGCACAGCAAAAAAAGCAAAAUAAUCAGACAACAUCAUACCUAAAACUUGAAAGACUAACAUAUGAUGCCCCCUGGACACCUCCUGGGAAGGUGUUCCUGGCAUGUCCCACCAGGAGAAGAGCCAGGACACACCGGAGGGAAUGUCUCUGGAUCCCUCCAGAAGAGCUGGAGGAAAUGUGUGGGUGAGGGAAGUC